AUGGUUGUUUUCCCGCUUGUGUUGCUGUUGGCGUGGCAGUUCCUCUGCGGCCGCGGCCACGACCACGACCACGACCACGUCCAGUCCGCCGGCGUGGCGCUGCUGACGGAGGCCGCACUCCAGUGGAGGGGCCCCCUGCCGUGCGGCCAGUGGGACUGCGACUGCACCUUCAACCAGCAGCGCGGCUGCUGCUGCGCGGCCAAUCAAAUGUUCCGGCUGGAGGACCACUCCUUCAAGAGGAUCCACCGCCUGUGGCACGACGUCAUCUCCCUGGAUUACAGAGUGAAAAUUCUCACAGAUUACAGCCGUAUUUCCUUCAACGCCGUCAUGGAUCCCAGUAACAGUAACAUGAUAUAUGGACCCACUCUGCCGUGUUUCGGUCCUUUCAACACCAACGUGCCGAUCCCGUACUCCAUCGUCAGCUUCAGCGACGGCCAUGCAUACAACCCUUCAUUGGGUAUCUUCACGGCUCCGUGCUCCGGUGUGUACGUCUUCUCCUUCACCGUCUACUCGUCCGUGGGGGAGGCCAAGCUCCUCUACCACAAGGUCCAGCUGAUGGUGAACGGAGUGGUGGCGGUCAGCGUGUGGGAGAACAACCGGGAAGACUUCGAGGACAACGCCAACCAGGUGGUGGUGCUGCAGCUGCAGCGAGGCGACCAGGUGUACGUGGAGCUGGUGGCCGGGAGGAAGCUCUGCAGUCACCUGGAGAACAACAUCUUCACCGGCUACAUGCUGUACCCCGACACCGACGAAGACGAGCACUAAACCUCCAGACUGCUCAAGAAAUAUGAACAAAAAACUGCUGAUUCAUGGGGAAAAAAGUGACCCCUCGCAUUUGGGAUCAGGCGGUGAACUCCUUUUAAUAAUAAUAAUAAUAAUGCAUUUGACUUGUAAAGCACUUUUCAUUCAAAAAUAAUCUCAGAGUUCUAUUUAGUAGAGCAUAUAAAUAAAGUUUGGAUAUAUUUGAACAUGUCAUAGAGGACAAAGUUUGAUUUUUUUUUUUUUUAGAUAAU